AUGUUGUUUUUCUUGUGGGGCGUGUUUAGGGGAAGGAAGAUCAAUAAUUCAGAUUCUGCAAAAAAGAUUUGUAUUCCCAGUUUGAAUGUAAUGCCAGUUGAGGAGAAAUCUUCAACUGCUGUUUUGUCUGUGCCUGAAACGUAUUGUUUGCCAAAGUGCAAGGAUGAAGAAACAAUGGAUCGUCAUAAAGCAUGCAAUGCACUUGUACCAUUCAAUUGCAUAGACAAACGUCCAACUACCGGAAGUAGGAAUAUUGAUGUCAAUGACCAGACACCUUUGGAUUCACAAGUGAACAUGGAGAGGCUAGAUAGUAGGAUUGAAACAAAAUCUACAUCAAGGGCUCCAACUAGCACUACAUUGUUAUGUCAAGAAAUGAAACCCCUGCUUGAAGCAAUGCUGUUAGUGGCUUAUGGCAACAAAUGUUUUUGCUCUGUGCAGAAAGCUAGUGUACCUGAACAAAGACAUUGCAAAGAGUCUAAACUUCCUGAAGCUAUGGGAAAAAGUUCAAGCAGCAGGAUUGUGGAAGCAAAAACUCAUUCUGAUAUUCCUGUUAAGCAAGAGAAAACUUUGUCUGUGAUUCCUUCUGAAAAAGGUGCUGCAAGCAGCAAUAUUACUAAGGAUAACAUUUCUGAGAAAAUAACCAGUGAUGAAGACCAGCAAAGGCAUAAGGAGAAACAAAAAGAGUAUUGUCACUAUAAUAUUGAUUUGGAGGCGAAGAUUGACAACGAAGAAACAGGUGAUGCAACCGAUUUGAGUAAGGUUAAAAAGGCAAUACAAGUUAUUGGUAAUGUAGAUCAGAAAGGGGCUAUGAGGAAACAGAAAGAUGGUCAUUAUAUUGACUUGGAGGUAACACUUGAAGAUGAAGAAACAGGUUUUGUAAGCAAUAUGUGUGAGGAUAAAAUGUCAGAAAAACUGGAUGUUGAGGAAGACUGGCAAUGUCCUAAGAGGAAACGGAAAGAUGAUCACUGUAUUGACUUGGAAGCAACUUUUCAGGGAGGCCCAAGUGUAGAAGGGAUCAACUGUCAGCUACCUAUUGAUAAAGUUAAGCAUGCAGCUCUUUCUGACACAAUUAUGCAGGGUUCAAUUGUCAGUUGUCAGAAAAUGCCUUGGAGUCAAGGAAAUCCCAUGUUAGAAGACAGAGAAACUUCUGGCAAGAAGCUUAGGACAGGUUUCGGUGGGAUCUAUUGUUCUGGAGGUAGAGACUCUUUUAAUGACAGUUUUACAUCUCUUGGAAAUGAUCUCGGUUCCUGUUCUUCUGUUGAGGACAAAGGAUGUGAGGAGGCUUGUGAUGAGAAAAUCAUCCGGGAGGACUUGGGAACGAUGGAAAGAACCUUCUUUCCAGUCGGCACACAGACUAUUAGCAACUCACUUUCUGUGCUGAAUAGCUUAUCGUCGACCAAAGGGGUUGGUGAGUACGAUAAAGGAUUUCAGGAUGGGAUUCCCAAUCUAGAACUCGCCUUAGGAGGCAAAUCAAAAGCACCACUGCCACCAGCUGCACCUAAGGGUAUGCUGCCUUUCUUAGUGGGGCCAGUAGACAGGCAGAAUAACCGCCCAGAUAUCUUGGGAGAUGGGCAGGAGGAUGAUGGUGUUGCUGCAUCUCUUUCCCUUUCUUUGUCCUUUCCAUCUCCAAACAAGGAACACAUAAAACCUGCAGAGCUUUUACCUGAUGGGCAGCGUAUGAACAACUCGUUUUUCCUCUUUGGGAGAAAAUAA